AUGUCUCAGGCCGGGGAAAGGUGUGCCGAGUCCGGCCGCCGGCUGCGCGCCAUCUGCCGGCGGCUGUACGACGAGAAUGAGGACCUGUCUGACGUGGAGGAGAUGGUCAACAUCCGAGGCUUUAGCGUGGAGGACAAACUGGCCAGCAACAACUACGCUGCCAACUUUGUGCGUAUCAUGGAAGCCAAAGACUUUACCUAUGAGUACGUACAACGGGAGGCCCUAAAGGUUCCACUUAUUUUCAAAGAGAAAGAAGGACUAGGGAUCAUAAUGCCUGAUCCGGAAUUCACUGUGUCGGAAAUUAAAGGCUUGGUUGGUAGCCGUCGCUCAGUGGACGUGAUGGACGUGAGCACUCAGAAAGGCUCAGAAAUGAGCAUGGCCCAGUUCGUGCGAUACUACGAGACGCCGGAAGAAGAACGUGACAAACUGUUCAAUGUGAUCAGUUUGGAGUUCAGCCAUACUAAGCUGGAGAAUCUCAUCAAGAGACCAACUGUGGUUGAUCAAGUCGACUGGGUGGACAACAUGUGGCCUUCAUAUCUGAAACAGAGCCAAACAGAAGGCACCAAUAUGAUCUCAGAGAUGAAAUAUCCCAAAGUGCAAAGAUAUUGUUUGAUGAGUGUAAAAGGCUGCUAUACCGACUUCCACAUUGAUUUCGGGGGAACCUCAGUGUGGUAUCAUGUCUUCAAGGGGCAAAAAGUGUUCUGGCUAGUGCCUCCGACGCUCCACAACCUAGCUCUGUACGAGGACUGGGUGUUAUCGGGAAAGCAGAGCGACGUUUUCCUCGGAGAUCGUGCUGACGGCUGCCAGAGAGUAGAACUCAGGCAGGGAUAUACUUUUUUCAUCCCGUCUGGGUGGAUUCAUGCAGUGUACACUCCCGAGGACACGCUGGUCUUCGGCGGCAACAUUCUGCACAGCUUUAACAUCCCUAUGCAGCUCACCAUCCACGAGAUCGAAAACCGGACAAAGGUUCACUCCAAAUUCCGUUUCCCCUUCUACUACGAGAUGUGUUGGUACGUCUUGGAGAGAUACAUGCACUGCUUGACCAAACGGUCCUACCUUUCUCAGGAGAUCAAGAAGGAGCCUUUAUUCAUCGACUACGAGACAAAAGCCAACGUGGGGAGCCCGUUUUCUGACUCAAGAAGUCAGGACAACGAAGAGGACUGGUGUCUUUCACAGCUCACGGAUGACCUGAAUGAAAAACCAGAGCACCCGAAAGCCAGUUUGUUCGCCAACGUUGAGGACUGUUAUUCCGUCUCCAACACGACGGACUUCCCGUCUGAAUCGUUGACCUCGGAAUUGCAAAAUAAGUGGACUCAUCUGACGGAAUUUGAAAUCAACGGACUGAAGAGGCUGGUGGAAAAGCUGGAGUCUCUACCGGAACAUAAGAAAUGUGUUCCCGAGGGAUUGGAGAACCCACUAGGCCUUCUGGAGGACAUGAAAGUUCUCUUAAAGGAACAUGCCAAUGAUGACCCCAAAUUAGCCAUCACUGGACUUCCGGUUGUGUUCUGGCCAAAGAAAACUAUGAAGGCCCGGCCUCCCCAACGACCCAAACCCAAGAUGGCGGCCUCUCCGGCGACGGCCCCUAAGCCGACUUCGGGCCGCGGUGGCACCAGCACAUCGGGUGCCAGGAGGAGGCGUACCCGCUGCCGCAAAUGCGAGGCCUGUCUGCGAAGUGAGUGCGGCGAGUGCCACUUCUGUAAGGACAUGAAAAAAUUUGGCGGGCCGGGACGGAUGAAGCAGUCGUGCAUCAUGAGACAGUGCAUCGCGCCCGUCCUGCCGCACACAGCAGUGUGCGCGGUCUGCGGGGAAGCAGGCAAGGAGGACACUGUGGAGGAAGAUGAGGAGAAGUUCCACCUGAUGCUGAUGGAGUGCUCCAUCUGCAACGAGAUCGUUCACCCUCACUGUUUAAAGUUGACCGAUUCCAGCGGCGUUGUCAAUGACGAGUUGCCCAACUGCUGGGAAUGUCCCAAAUGUAACCAUGCUGGCAAAACUGGGAAAGUAAGUAAGCAAAAACGGGGACCCGGAUUCAAGUACGCGUCAAAUCUUCCCGGGUCACUGCUGAAGGAAUCGCGUCCGUGCCGGGACGUUAAAGAAGAGCCCGACGUGCCCUCGCCUUCCUCGGCUUUUUACGCUAAGCGUAAAGCCGAACGGGAAGAGGAAUUUCCCAAGAAACGACCCCCUCUGUUGUCCCUGGAUGGUUCGCCUCGCUCCAGACAGGAGGAAAACCCCCUGAGGAAGAAGAGGAAGCUGUUUGACACGCAAGAUGAACCUGUCGAUGUCAAAAGGAAGCUCCCAAAACUGGACGAACCUUUGACCGCGAAGCUGUUGCGACACAUCAAAACGGAAAACGAGCAGGAAGACGGAUUCUCCUUGCACCGGAUCCACUUCAAGGCCCAAAAGGUGUUGGACGGCCGGGAGGAAGAUGAUGACAAGGAGGAGGAAAAGAAUGACAAAUCUAAAGUGCUGCGGAGUCCUCCGAGGAGAACGUUGACAACUGAGCAGACCAAAAACACCUCCGUGGUGGGAUCAAGCAGCGAGGAGGAUGAGGAGAGGACCUCAGAGAUGUCUUCACCAAAUUUAAAGGCUCGAUAUCAACGCAGACACCUCAAGUCUGAAGACGGAGUCGACCGCCAGAACAGCUCGGUGGACCAGCUUCAAAAUAAGCUGAAGUCGGAAGACGGCACCGCCAAAACCGAAGUGACCAAUAGAAACAGAAAGACGGCCAAAACCGAGGACCUCCCGUCCAAUCAAAACAACAGGACGUUCAAGGCGGAGCCCGAUAAUGACGUUGCGGCGUCCGAUCCGAAAUGGCCUCUGAACAAUGGCAGCAGCGACCUCGGAGGCUGGUUGCGACACAGACGGGAGACAAACGGGACGCCGCGGCGCCACUCACCGCUCAGGUGGAACCGGAACCCCACCGCGGGGCCACUCGCUCCCCGCCCGCUCCCUUGCCGCUCGCCGCCCAAGUGCGUUCAAAUGGAGCGCCACGUUAUCAGACCGCCUCCUAUCAGCCCGCCACCUGAUAGGCUCCCACUUAACGACGGGAAGGAGCACAUCAUCCGGCGCGAGGCCUGGAUGUCAGUUUUCGCUCACCUGGCACUUAGAGAUCUCUGCGUGUGUAUGCGCGUGUGCAGGACGUGGAACCGAUGGUGCUGCGACAAGAGGCUGUGGAAGCGCAUUAAUCUGACCCGCUGUAAAUCCAUAACUCCUCUAAUGCUUAGCGGGAUCAUCCGGAGACAACCGGUCACUCUGGAUUUGAGUUGGACCAACAUCUCCAAGAAGCAACUCAGCUGGCUAAUCAACAGACUGCCAGGUUUGCGAGUGCUCCUUUUGUCGGGGUGCUCUUGGGCGGCCGUCUCCGCUCUCUGCACCUCCUGCUGUCCUCUCCUGAGAACGCUGGACGUUCAGUGGGUGGAGGGACUGAAAGACGCCCAGAUGAGGGACCUGUUGUCUCCCACAACUGAUAACAGGCCAGGCCAACUGGACAACCGUAGCAAGCUGCGCAAUGUGGAAGAUCUCCGUCUGGCCGGUCUGGAUGUGACAGACACGACGCUGCGCCUCAUUAUCCGCCACAUGGCCGCACUGUCCAAGCUGGACCUUAGCUACUGUAACCACGUCACCGACCAUUCCGUCAACAUCCUGACUGCUGCCGGGACCACCACCCGGGACUCCCUGACUGACGUCAAUCUCUCAGUGUGCAACAGAGUAACCGACCAAUCACUGAGCUACUUCAAACGUUGCGGCAGCAUCCGACGCAUCGACCUGCGCUUCUGCAAGCAGGUGAGCAAAGAGGGCUGCCGGCGCUUCGUGGCCGAGAUGUCAGUCAGCGUCCAGUUCGAGCUGAUCGACGACAAGCUGCUGCAGAGGAUCCAAACUGACGCCUGCGAUUAG